CGUUGAUGAAAUAACGCGGGAGUCGACGAGUAUUUGGAAAGGCCGAUCCGCGUUUCUUCCAAAUCGCCGACUCCUAAUUUGCCCUUUUCAACGCUUUCUCUCUCUCUAACUAUUCAAUUUUCCCCUUAAUUUUAUCGCACCUGCAAAGGGAUAAAGCCAAUAAACCAUCCCCAAACCCUACUAAACUGCCGUUUAAUUUCUUCCGAUUUCCGAUUUUCCGCGUCGUGUGUAAUUCUAGUCGACUUUCCUAUUUUUUUCUGCUUAAUUCGAUUCAUUUUUUUAAUUAGACAUGGCCGAUCGAUUGUACGAUGAUUUGGAGAUUGCGCUGUCCUCUUAUUCCAUACAUAGCAACGAUGAUUACAAUGAAGAGGAUGAGGAGACCGAGGGCGAGUAUGAGGACGAGGAGGUCAACGAUGUUGAACUUGGGGGGAAAUCGGAGGAACUGGCGUGCCCUUUUUGCUCCGAGGAUUUUGAUGUUUUGGGAUUGUGCUGCCACAUUGAUGCUGACCAUCGCAUGGAGGUUAAACCCGGGAUUUGCCCUGUUUGUGCUGUGAAGGUACGGAUAAACAUGGCUUCACAUGUGAUUACUCAUCAUGAGAGUAUUUUGAAGGCUCUCUGCAAUAAGAAGCAUCGUAGCACUCGCUCUCGUUCAUCAAUAUAUCUACUGAGGAAGGAAUUGCAGGAGAAACAUUUACGCGCUGUUAAGGAGUCUCCUUCUGUUGGUUCUUCCUCUAAUGCAGCAGCUGAUUCCAUGCUUUUGUCGUUUGUCAAUAGUCCUCAACCAGCUUACAGACCCCAAAUCACUGAAGCUGCCUCUCCAUCUGAAGCAAGCUUAUCAGAAAAUAAUUCCCUUGAUGACUCUGCUGAGAGAUUUCCACCGUCUCUGUCAACAGACAGGAACAACGAGAUGGCCAGAAGGUCCGAGUUCGCACAGGGAUUGCUGCUAUCGACCAUUCUGGAUGAUUUGUAAAAGAGCCUGGUAUGCCAAAGCUCCACUUUGUGAUGCCUAAUUAUUGACAGAGAGGCGAUUGUUGAACUCAUGCACCGACUCUGCUUGUGAUUUUAACCACAUCUUGCCUGUGCAAUUGAACGUGAUCGGCGACACAACAGUUUCUGUGGUCGGUUAGAUGCAGCUCCUUAUAUUGACUGUGUUGGUCCGAUCUUCGUGAGCUACUUAGCGUAUAGUGUAAUAAUGUAAGCAGCUAAUGUAUUGUGAUAAGACCAUGGUCAGCUGCCUGCUUUCUUCUUUGUAGGUUAUUUUUAUCAAUAUACAUUUUCACGAAUAAAUUUGAAUUUGUGAUUUUGCAUCUGCUUCAGAGGA